CAGAUUGAAGUGAUUCCUUUAUCUUUGUAUAAUGAAAUCAGCAGUACUAAUUUGGUUUCUUCAAGUUAUUGCUGUUACGUUUGUAUAUGAGUUAAAAUGUCCAGCGCCAGGUCAUUGGCGUCUCAGAGCAAGAAAGUUUUAUUGCGGUCAAAGCUAUGUGUGUUUGUUGCGUUCUCCAGAGAAAUCGUAUCGAGAGACCUGUGAUGGACUGGAUUAUAGUAGCACAGGCAGCAAACUUGUAUUCGAACCAUAUUUCAACAAAGCAGGAUGCAGCUAUAAACGGUAUCAGCCUUUCCCAUUUUCAACAGAUGGUAACAAUAAGUGUGUGUAUCAAAAGUCAUUUUGUAAUGGAGAGGGUCAAAUCGUCCACCGUGAAGGAAGUAUGAUAAAUGAUACAACUUGUGGAUGCGACCCUUCACAAGGGUACAUAUUUGUUACUACGCCAAAACACAACUGCUAUUGUACACCCUCAGAGGAAGACUGUUCAUGUCACAAACUCAUUUGUGGUAAUGAAGCUAACCCGUGUCCCUAUAUUGGUACUGCUAUUCGGAAUAAGUCAUGUCCAGAAAUUAUCGUCAGACCGUCACCAACAAAAAACUUGUCCUCUCCAUUAGAAAACAGAUUUAAAGACGUAAGAACUGAUUAUAACGAAGGUAGAAAUCAUAAACUAAACUGUAUUUACUUUACCGUAGCAUUGCUGAUUGUCUUUACCAUUGUUUUACCGUUAUACGGUUUAUCAGAGUGGCCUGAUGCAUUUUAUUGUUCGUUUGAAUGGAUAGUAGAUCGCCUGCAUAUUAUUAAAAAGUUAAACAUGUUAAAAGAAGAGGAAAAAGCUAAAAUUGAAAUUAGGAAUCUAAUGGAAACACUUUUAGAUGGCGGAGAAGACAAGUAUGAUCAAUUCCUCAAAGCUUUAAACGCAUUCAAUGAAUAUAAACAUCUCGCAAAACUAAUACAAGAUACAGAAAUUACAUCUGACGAUAGAAAAAAACUUUCUAAAUUGCACUGAAAGAAGUAAUUAAAACGUAUAUAGUUAUAUAUUUUGAAGGUAAAUGCAGAAAGAAUGAUCACAGCGACAGAAGUAAAUUUUUAACAAGUAGCCCGACUCCCUCAUCUGAAAAUUGAUUCUUCAAUGUUUUAAAUCUGACAGAGUCCAACUAAAACAUUUCUUCUUUGGUCGUAUGUUUUUAUUCUAGUUAAUGUAUUAGACUGUGUAUUCCUCUUUUGAUGUCUAAAAUUUUAUAUGUUUGAGCUUUUGAUUUUUGCCAUUUGAUUAAGGACUUUCCGUCUUGAAUUUUCCUUGAAGUGCGGUAUUUUUGUGAUUUCACUUUUGAAUUUCUUUGUGUUAUAUUCCUUUAAUUUUAUUUAUGAAAAACAAUCAAUCCUAAUGUAUCAAAUAAUAACU